GCGAAGAUAAGAGGAAAUGGAAACUUUUCAACGCGACGACGCCCAGAAAAGUCGCCAACCAACUUCCUUCACACUCUAAUUUACCGAUUGUUUUUGCUAACCACCAAUACACGCUAUUGGUGUUAGAGUUUUGCAUAUUUACAGGUAGUCAUUGCUUAGUAUUCCGGAAAAUUAUUGAAAAGAUGUCAGACCUAGUCACUUUGAUGACCAUUGACAUCCCCGAGGGUCGAAAUAGUCUUCUCGAGAGCCAGACCAAUCUGGAAAAGGUAGCUGAUUACUGUGAAGGAAACUAUACACAAGCGCAAGACAAAAGGGUGGCAUUGGAGGAAACCAAAAACUAUACCACACAAUCUUUGGCUUCUGUGGCAUAUCAAAUUAACACAUUAGCCUUUGGAUUUCUUCAAAUGCUGGAUUUACAAGCAACUCAAAUGGCUGAAAUGGAAAGCCAAAUAAAUCAUAUCAAUCAAAUGGUUAUGAUUCAUAAAGAAAAAGUUGCCAGAAGAGAGAUUGGUGUACUGACAACCAACAAAUCCUCCUCCAGACAGUACAAAAUCCUUGCUCCUGCCAAUCAAGAAAGACCCAUCAAAUAUGUCAGAAGACCAAUUGACUUUGCUGCUUUGGAUGAAAUUGGCCAUGGAGUUCGGGUUCAUAAUGAAUUACCUCGCCAGAAGAGAGCAAGCAGUCAAGGAAGUAGUAGUAGCUUAGCAGGAAUGGGUACACUUGGAGCCCCUUUGAUGACUGGAACUCUGAGAGGACACAGCCCUGUACCUCCUGCGCCAACUAGCAAACCACCUACUCCACCCAUGGCGCGUGCGAUUGGAACAGGAAGCCUAUCUAAAGGAUCCAGAGAAUAUCGAACUCCACCUGCUGUUGCCCCACCUCAAGUUCCUUCCAACUAUGCCCCCAAUUACCCAUUGGGUCAUUCUCGGCGUGAGAGGAACAGUACUGGUUAUGGUACACUACCGAUGCCUCAUGCGUCUACAUCUAGCAAUGCCCACCACUCUCAGUACAACGCCCCUCAAAUAAUGCAACAGGCUCCUCAAAUUGGCAUGGUCCAUCCUCUUCCUCAUGGACAACCAUCCUCUGUGUACGCACCUGGCUCCGCUACUUAUGCUCCAGGUCUUGAACGUCAGAGGUCAUACUCGAAUCCUCCUCCACCUUCUCCUGGAAUGAUGAAUGUGAACUUGGAACAAAUGCCUCUACCUCCACCUUCAAAUUACGGAAGCCUUAUUACGAAUAAUGAUAAUUCUGGUAGGGUUAGAAGUAUGUCUCCUCCGCCUCCUCCCCUUCCGAUCGAGGAUCCCGCUGAAAACGGGGCAAGCAGUCGCCGUAGAGUACUCAUGCCGGUAGAUGCAGAUCUUCCAGGAUGGGUACCAAAAGACUUUAUUGACAAAGUUGUGGCCGUCUAUGAUUACUAUGCUGACAAGGAAGAUGAAUUAAGUUUUCAAGAAAAUUCAAUCAUUUAUGUUUUGCGUAAAAAUGACGAUGGAUGGUGGGAAGGAAUUUUGGAUGGAAUUACCGGCCUGUUCCCUGGAAACUAUGUCGAGUCUUGCAUGUAGUGACUCCAAAGUAAAGUUAAAAACAUGAUUAUGGUUUUGUUAAUCUUCAUAGCCGCUUGUUUGUCAUGUAUUUCUUUCUAACAGUUUUAUGAGUUUGCGUGCCAUUGAGCGCCGCAUUUCGACACAUCCCCAUAUUUGGUAUUUCUCGUCUUCUUUUUUAUAUCAUUAUUUUCUCCUUUUUAAAUACAUCAGCGGUUUGCCAACAUUAA